AUGGAGACGACAAUUACAACUGUUAAUAUUCCACGUGAUAUUGUCAUAAACGGUCAAAAAUAUUUAUUAUUUGGUACAACAAGUCAUAAACCGGAUCAUUUCAUUGGAAUGAUAUUAUGCAAUGAAUAUCAACAAGAAACAAUUGUUGAUGAUUUAUUUAAAACUACAGAAGGUGUUUAUGUAGUAUCAACAGCAUUUUAUAUUAAAUCAAACUGA